GUGGCUUAGUAGCGCUGCAGGAAUAUGUCUUCACUUCGACAACAGAUCUUGAAAAUGAUACAGUGUUUCCGAAAAGAAUGGCGCUUAUUUACAGAUUCUGAAAGGACUACUGUAUGCGGCGGAGACAGCAUGCUGAUGGCUCUGCAGCUAUCGAUUGCAGAGGUCAAUAAAAAGCAUUAUGGAGAUUUUAAAGCAUCACUUAGUGAAGUGGUGUUAGCCUGGAAUUAUUUACUGCCUGACAAACUGGGGCUAUUGAAUGAAAAUAUGGACACUCCUGAAAAUUAUGGCGACAUCAGAAGUACUUAUUCUAGUUUCUUGAAGCGCUGCAAUAUGAUGGAUCUUAUAGAUAUCUACCAGAAAUGUGGGUCGCUAGAACCAGGAAAUGAAUCACUAUCCCCUGUACAAUUGUUAGAAUUUAUUGCUAGAACAUCAGAUUCAGUGAGUGACAAUACUAGUUCUUCUGUUCUUUCUGCACCCUCAUCACCAACUAACAGAUUAAGCCAGGAUAAUAAAGAGCUGUAUUUGGUGGUGAAGAAAAUUCUGUAUGCAUAUUUAAGCUUGUUAGUGAACUCCAAGAAUGAUCUUGCCUUUGCUCGUAUUUUAAACACUCCUGACAGAGGGCUUGGAAGAGAAGCUUUUACCGACUUAAAGCAUGCUGCACAGAAGAGACAAAUGUCUAUUUUCCCAGUGGCAACUUCGUUCAUCCGAACUAUUGAACUUGGCGGUAAAGGUUAUGCACCUUCCCCAGCUGAUCCUUUGAGAAAGCAUGUGAAGGGCCUUUCACACUUGGUUCACUUUAUUGAUAAACUGGAAGAAAUCAUUGGUGAAGUCCUGGAUUCAAGACUUGCAGGGGGUCAAAUUCUAUCAACAAUCAAGAUGCAUUUGAUAAAAGGCCGAAACAGCAGGGAUCCUUUCUGUCAAGCAGCAGAGGAAGUUGUAUGCGAUUUGGAUUUGAGGAUUAAAAAUAUUAUCAAUUUCCAGCAUGAUGUUGUGGCAGCUAGCUCUACUGGAAUCAGUCCAGCCCGGCCCAAACUACAUGCUGUAAACCAUGGGACUGUUUACUGUGGCAGAGAUACUGUGAAGUUCUUGCUGGCUCUUUUGGAUGAAGCAGCUACUCACCUUCCUCUCACCAACAAAGCUGAAUUGUUAUUUGAUGAUGAAUUUGGGUUCCCCUCUACUUUGAUGCUAUUCAAAUCUCCUGCACAAUCUAGUGGAUCUUCUCCAAAAGCUUUAAGAGAACGGGUUCAACAAGCAGUAGAUGGAAGAAAACUUAAGCUGAAGCAACCUCUGAUCAGAUCUCAGUUUGCUUGCACCUACAAAGAUGACCAAACCUGUGACAAGAAGGACCAUCCCUUCAGCGCAAGCCAGGUCCCAACAUGCAUACAUCCAGCACCCAAGGAAAGGACCGCUCUGGACCCUGAAGAUGAAUCUAGCGCAGAAUGCCUCCGUUCACAUCUUGCAAGUGCUGCACUUGGAACUAGUUCUGGAAAUGUUCAUCAGAAUGGAAGCAGAAGUAAAGAAAUAGGAAAAUUGAGUUGCCAGCCAAGAAACAAGAGCUCAAAGAGGAAGCAGGUGGAUAGGACUAGUGAAAAUGCCAUAGGCACUAAUGAAAAUGAAUCACUUCAGCACGUACAUAGUAAGAAACCAAAGGCUGUGGCGAAAUGCCAGAAUAGUUUGGACAACAAAAUAAAGGGAGCAGUAAAAUGUGGCAAAACGGCAACAAAAAGCAAACUGAUUGUCGGUCAAGCAAAACUAACUCAUUUUUUUAAAUUGUAAAUGUUGUCCUAGCGGAUUGCUUUUUGGAACCAUUAAUGCCACUGUAAUCUUUGAAAAGAAACAAGCAUCAGUUGUUGAAUGAACAUCUUGGUUUUGCCGUGAUUAUAAAUUACGAAUUAAAGUUAGUAUAUGUACAGUAUUUGGACAAGCAGAUCAAGACAACAAACUUUGCAGAAUUAUCAGUUUUAAUAAUGUAUAAUCAGUACAGUUAUUUGAUCAUGCAUUGUUUUUCUGACAUACAAAUAUUUAGACACCUCCCCCUCCAAAAUACAUACACAGUAACAUUUAAACUACAACAUCAUUUAAUUUUCAUGAAAAUGGUUUUAUCUCUUCCAAAGAUUGUCCUGCCAUAGUUUAGAUUUCCCUUUAGACUUGCCAACAUGGUCGAUAGACUCUUCCCAGCAUACACCUGAGCACUGCAGAAAACACAGAAGUUCUGAUUUGUCAGAAAAAUAGUUAGCUGGCACAUAAUAUUUGUGACAAAUGGUGUUUAAAUGCACUUUCAGCACUAGUGGCGUUUUGUAUAUUUUUGCUAACUUUUUAAAAACUUCGAAUAUUUGGAUACAUUUAUCUAAUAAAUGUUUUUUUUUAGAAACG